UCAGUGAUGUCUCUGUGGCUCCUCGCGAUGCUGUCUUCCUCGCUCGUGCUGCGUGACGCCGAUGCGUGGGGCGCCAGCGCCAAGUACGCGGUGAACUGUCCGGACCGAUGCACCGCGGAGCGCUGCGGCGGCACGCAGCGGUGCGCGCGGACGGUCCUGGACGACUGCGGCUGUUGUCAGGUGUGCGCGGCCGCCAGGGGGGAGCACUGCUACCGCACCGUGUCGGGCAUGCACGGCGUGAAGUGCGGACCCGGGCUGUUCUGCGAGUUCUACAAGGACGAGGAUGAUUUUGGAGACGAAUACGGGAUUUGUAAAGACUGCCCAUUUGGAACAUAUGGGGUCGAGUGCCGCAAGCCGUGCAGCUGCAAAGGGGGCAUCUGUGACAGGGAGACAGGGGCUUGUCUCACCCUCACGUUCUUUGCCAAAAUCGCCAACAAGCUCAAGGCUGCAGGGCCACAAGCAGGGGCUGAGGUGGGCUCUGGAGAGGUGAGCUCUGGAAGGACCACAGACAGAUCCACUGCUCCAAAGAGGCUCAAUCCUCGCUGA